UGACCAGGAGAAUUUUCAGCAUCUAUAAAGCAAGCCAACCACGCAGGCUAAAGGUGGUGAUAUAUCUUCAGUGGCUCUCAAURUUUUUCAACCUUUGGCUAUAUGAAAAAAAAUAGUUUAGGUAAGAAACGUCAGAGUCUACUGACCACAUUAUUAGCAUAACCACGUCGUUCCUUACAUGCAAGUGACUAGGACGUCGCUUUCUUGGCUUUUCUACCCAUAAGAGCCAACCAAACGUAUUUCAGUGUCUUCGUGCAUAUUGGCCUCGUUGUUUUUCAAGUAACAGGAAUUGUAGCAAGAGAAAGUGUGCAAGGAAUUCUGGUAGUUGUAGUCGUGAUGCCAUAUAUAAUUCAAAUAUCCUAUUCGCCUCUUUUUCGUAUACCACAGAGCAGGAAUGAACUCCAAGCCCUUGUCUCCAACCGGUUACGCCUUCGUGACGUGCUACCUAGGAAUCUUACUUGUCGCGGGAGUAAUAAGUCAAAUCAUCACCAUCAAAGUCCUUCUUGUUAAAGAUAACCGCAACAAACACCUCACACCUUAUCUCCUUAACAUCGUGGCCUCUAACGCUAUAAUCAUUCUUGGGAGUUUCCCAACGACAUUCCUAUCAUCUUUGAACAACGGAUGGUACUUCGGCGAUGCUGUUUGUCGUCUCGAUGGCUUGCUUACUGGCAUUGGAUUUACAGCAAUGAUUGCUACUAUGACUUAUAUCACAAUCAAAAUAUAUUUAAUUGCCAAGAACCAAUACCUUGUGAUUAAUGCAGAGACGCCAGUGCAAUGUGGUCGACCCUAUAUGAAAAUCCUGAUUGCAAUCUGGGUCUACUCUAUUAUUGCUAUUAUGCCCCCAGUUGUCGGACUCACCAACAUGGUGCUAGAGGCGGCUAAAACUAACUGUGUUCCAGACUGGGCUCCCAAACGCGUUCCUGAUAAAAUCUACAUCGUAGGACUUACACUCGUGGCAUAUGUUUUACCCGUAUCCGUGUCCUUUGUGUAUCUCUGGAAAACUCGCCUCAUUAUUUCGUUGCACAUCAACUUGAUGAAUGACCGCUUCAUGAACUUAAAACUUGGGAACUUGAAGAACAUUUACAGGAUGUCCGCGUUUGCUGUAUCCUUCUUUGCUAUUGCUUGGUUACCUUAUGGACUGUAUGUCUUUAUAUCUGUUAUAUCAGGAAAAGAGGAUUUUGGUGUGGAAGCUACGUUGGUGCCCGCCUUAACUGCAAAAUCAAGUGUGGUUGUCAACCCAUUCAUUUAUGCCGUCGUUCUACCAAAAUUUCGGCACUCGAUCUUGAAAAUACUUGGACUACGACGACGAAGUGGUGGAUCGAAUUCUAUGAGAAGUUUUGUCCAUGAACCCGUGACAGAAAUGGAAACCCUUAGGAGUGCGGGUGUUACACGCGCGAAUUCACGGGCUCGUGGGAAUGUGUGUAAAUGUGGGAAGGUGUUUUAAUAGAGUGCACGCACUAAAACCGUGAACAUUAAA